UAACUAUCAUAACAAGCUUAACCUAUAAAUAUAGCUUUUGUUUGAAUUAAAAAAUAAGUAUUAUAAAUACAGAUUUAUUAAUAAAUAACAAAUUAUAACGUACCAGCUAGGCGUGAAAGGUAUUAUCCUUAUCAACUGUAUUAGCUGUUGAUUUUAGUACAAUGGCAAAAUUGGAUUCUAUGUUUUUUAAAAGUAAAAUAAGAGGAUGUCUUUUGGGAACACUGAUAGGAGAUUGCUUGGGUGCUCCUUUUGAAGGGGAAAGUAUGACAGCGGGUAACAAAUUGGUUUUACGUAAUUAUUUUGAGAAAAUUUGCGGUUCUAACUUUGAAGGCCCUAUUAAGCAAUACACAGAUGACACAGCAAUGACCAAGUGUAUUGUCAAGUCACUUCUGGAGAAAUCAAAACUAGAUACUAAGCAUGUUGCACAAUUGUUUGUUAAAGAGUACUUUUCUGAUCCUAAACGAGGAUAUGGGCUAAAUGUUGUGCAAGUGUUUAACAAAUUAAGAAACAAUAGAUUCACUGACAUUUAUAAACCUGCAAAAGAACAAUUUGAAGGUUUAGGUUCAUAUGGAAAUGGGGGAGCAAUGAGAAUAUCUCCAAUUGCACUUUAUUAUUAUGAUAAGUAUGAAACCAUGAUAAGUGCAGCUACACAAGUAACGGAAAUAACACAUACUAAUAACUUGGCUAUACAUGGGGCUAUAUUGCAAUGUAUUGCAAUCCAUCAAUCAUUUCAUAUGAAUCCAAAUGAUGAUUUAGAUGAUCGAUUUUGUGACACAAUUGAAAAAAAGUUAGAGCCAUUUGAGAAAGAAGCUUACUUUGAAGAGAUUGACUUAUCAGAAUUACCAUACCAAAACAAGCUAAAUUUAGUGGUUAAAUUACUUAAAGAAAAUCAUUCACCACAGAAAUUACACAAAGAGAUUAUCCAAAUCUUGGGGAAUAACGUUUCAGCGUUACAUUCAGUUCCUACGGCUAUCUACUGUUUCUUGAAGAUUUGCUCUACAGAAAAGGAAGACCCAUUUCGAAAAACGAUCGAAUAUGCAAUAUCGUUGGGGGGUGAUACCGAUACCAUUGCUAGCAUGGCAGGCAGUUUAGUUGGCGCUUUUCUCGGGGAAGAACAUAUCGGAGAGAAUCUCAGGAAGCACUGUGAAUUUUGCGAAGGUAUUGUAGAGUUAGCUGAUAAUCUUUUUUCAGUUUUGCAGAAAUGCAACGCAGUAGCUCAUGUUUAAAUUAAUUAAUUUAUUAUUUGUUAUAUGUUUUUAGAAAUGUCUCUUAAAAUCAUUCUUAAAUAAAUUUUACGUAGCAUA